ACCCAAGUUAACCAUAGCCAAAGUCUACAGAGCUUAAUGAAUUUAUAGACAGUUAAAAUUGGCAUCGAAAACAGAAGCUGUGAAGCUUCACGUUAAAUUUUACACUUUCAGUAAUGAAUGUAUUUUAUGCAUGUAUCCACCACCAAAUUAAAAAAAAAAUCCAUGACAGAAUUAGAACUAGAAAAACAAUUAGCUUUAUAUCCUUUUAUAUUUACAUUUAUAUAUAUUCAUAAUUUGUGUCCAUUAGCCGAUUUCACUCCUUCUUUAUCCACUUAGAUUUCACACCAGUUCUUCUAGACUUAUUCCACAAGAUAGAAAGUGAAGAAAUUCAUUCUAUGAAGCCAAUAUCAUCUUUAUACCAAAACCAAGUAAAGACAAAUAAAAACAACUGCAAAACAAUUUCUUUGAUGAUCAUAGAUGCAAAAUUUUUUAGCCAAAUACUUACUAACCAAACUCAGGAACACACUAAAGAAAACUUACAUUAUGACCAAGUGGGCUUCAUCCCAGAAAGCCAAGGUUGGUUCAGUAAGCAUAAAUCAAUGAAUGUACUACACCGUAUAAACAAACCAAAGGACAGAAACAAUGUAAUUAUUUCAAUUGACACAGAAAAGGCAUUUGACAAAGUUCAACAUGCCUUUGUGAGAAAAGUCCAGAGAUUUUAGGAGUGGAUGGAACAUACCUCAAAAUAGUAAAGGUUCUGUCCAACAAACCUGUAGCCAGCGUUAUAUUAAAUGGAGACAAACUGAGAGCAUUUCCUCUAAAAUCAGGAAGGAGAUAAGGUAUCCACUCUCCUCUCUUAUUCAGUAUAAUGCUCAAAUCUUAGCUACAGCAAUCAGACAAAAGAAAGACAUAAAAGGGGUAACAGGAAGAGAAAAAGUCAAACUAGUCCUGUUUCCAGAUGACAUCAUUUUUAGUUAAAAGACCUUAUUGAGUCUACUAGAAAACUCUUGGACUUAAUAAACACAAUGAAGUUGUAGGAGAAAAAAAAUCAAUAUAUACAUAAAACAGUAGCCUUCAUUUAUACUAAUAGCCUACUCAUAAAAAAAUUGGAAAUAAUAUUCUAUUCAAAUUAAUUCUCCCAAAAUUGAGCAUUUAGGAAUAUAUGUAACCAAAGAGGCGAAAGGUCUCUACAGUGAAAGAUAUUGAGAAAGAAAAGCACAGAAGGUACUGAAGAUGGAAAAAUAUUCCAUGUUCCUGGAUCGGCAGAAUUAAUGUUGUGAAAAUGUUUAUGCUACCAAAAUUAAUAUACAGAAUUAAUGCAAUCGUUAUCAAAUUACCAUGUCAUAUCUUACAGGUCUAGAAAAAAAAAUCAUUUAUAUAAAACCAGGAAAGACCUGAGGAGUGAGAACACUGCUGGAGUCACAGCACCGGACCUCAAACUAUGCCGUGAAGCUACAGUGACGAAGAGAAAGGACUCCAUUAUCAACAGAUGGUACACGAAAACAGAAAGUUUCCAGAAAGCAAAGGCAACAGCCCCCAGAACGGGAGAAAGUGCUUACCAACCCCCUUCAGAUAGGGGCUGAUUCCCAGAACUUGUAAAGAACUGUAGAUAAUAGUGUCUGAGCAGUUCUGAGAAGAUCAAAAAGGUCUGGAGGCACCUGGCACGUUUUAAAUCUGCUACUUGGAAUGCAGAAUCCUAACAAAAAUUCGGUCAGCACAGAUUAAUUUCUAAAAGAGAGUAUUGUCUGGAACAAAUUCCUUUGUUCAAAUUGAAUUUUAUAACCAUUUUUCUCUUUACAGCUAAACUGGUUCAAAUUUUCCACCUUUUCGUUGUUUUUGAGAGAGAGUCAUGUGUAGCCCAAGCUGGCUGCAGAUGCACUAUGUAUUUUGAACAUCUGAUCCCCUGCCUCUGUUGGGAUUACAGACAUGUGCUGUCACUAGGGUUUUAUGUGGUGUUUGGAUCAAACCCAGAAGGCAAGCACUCAACCAACUGCGCCACACCAGCCCCCCAAAACUACUUAUUUUAUUUUUUUAAUAAAUUAUUUUUCAUUGGGCAUGGAUGUGUACAUCUUUACUUCUGGCACCCAGGAGACAGAAGCAGGUAGAGCUCUGUGAGUUGUAGACCAGCUUGGUCUACAUAGUGAAGGAAGGAAGGAAGGAAGGAAGGAAGGAAGGAAGGAAGGAAGGAAGGAAGGAAGGAAGGAAGAAAGGAUGAUAUUAUUUUCCUGGGAAGGAGGCAUGUGUCUGAAACUCAUAACCAUCUUGCUUCACCCUCUGCAGUGCUGUGAUUGUAAAAAUGGGUCACCAUGCCUGGCUCUACUUCUAUUUUUUGAAUACAAACUUGUCAAAUCCAUUACCCUUGUGCUUCUUAAACAGGUCUACUGAGCUUUAGUUCACAUAGUGUACAAUUCCGGAUUUACAAUACAUAACUGGAUGUUUUUUAGUCUCUUAACGGAAUCAUACCAUCAUCACCACAAUCAGCUUUAGAAUAUUUUCACCACCCUCAGACAGAAACUCAGUUAUCCAUUGUCAUUCCCAUCCGCCCCUGUCUCAGGGUUUCCAUUGCUGUGAAGAGACGCCAUGACCAUGACGAUUCUUAUAAAACAAAGUAUUUAACUGGGGCUGGCUUACAGUUUCAGAGUUUAGUCCAUUGUCAGCAUGAUGAGAAGCACAGUGUGUGCAGGCAGACAUGGUGGGUGCUGGAGAAGGACUGAGAGCUCUACACUCAGAUGGGCGGGCAGCAGAAAGACAAUGCCACACUGGGCCUGGCUUAAGCAUCUGAGACCUCAAAGCCUGCCCCCAGUGACACACAUCCUCCAACACGGCCACACCUCCUAAUAGUGCCACUCCCUAGAGCCUAUGAGGGCCAUUUUCUUCAAACCACUACAAUCCUUAACCCCAAAGUGACCACUGAGCUGCUUCUAUCUUUGUGGGUUUACUCAUUAUGGACAUUUCAUAAAAUUGGAAUUCAUAAUAUGUGAUCUUUUGUGAUACUGUUUUCCUUAUAAACACAAUUCUUUUAGGAUUAUUAUAUGUUUAUUGCCCAUAUCAGUACUUCACUCUACUUGCUGCUGAACAUUCUGUUGUAUAGACAUACUAUGUUUUAUUUUCUCAUAUAUUAGCUGACCUAACAGUUCCCAUGUGUUACUGCUAUGACAGUCAGUAUUUCUGAGUGCAGUAGAUACCCAAUUCUAUGUAUCUUGGCUGUAUUCCUUUCUUUCUUUCUUUCUUUCUUUUUUCUGGAGCUGGGGACCGAACUCAGGGCCUUGCGCUUGCUAGGCAAGCGCUCUACCACUGAGCUAAAUCCCUAACCCCUUUGGAUGUAUUCCUAUGCAUGGAAGUGCUGGUUGAGUUUGAAUCUGGUGUUACCUGGCUUUCUUAGCUAGCACUCCAGCAUUGUGUUUCCCUUUACUAAAGAAAAGGGAAGGAAGGAAAAAGGAAGAGGAGGAAGGAAGGAGGGCUAUGUCUGUUCAUUUGUCCUGUCUGAAGUUCCUGAGUACAUGGUAGAUACAAGAAGGUUGGGGUUGAAAUGCCAGCAUCAAAGUCAUGGGUCAGAAUUUCCUACAAAGGAAAAGUUUUGUGAGAAAAAGAAAAUUAGGGUUGACAAGAUGGCUCAGUGAGUAGGGAAGGGCACUUGGUACCAAACCUGAUGACCUGAGUUCAUUCUUCAGAGCCGACUUGGUGGAAGGAGAGAAUCAACUCCCUAAGUUGUCUUCUGACCUCAUCCACAUACAGUAGUGUGUACUCGCACGUGUUUACACACGCACACAAACAUCAAAUCAAAAUUUUAAAAGAAAAGGGAAUCGAAGCUGAUUCUAUAUUUGGAAAGCUGAGAACAGGGGCCCACAUCAUGAUCAGUGGCCUAGGGAGUGGGUCGGAAGUGGGGUGCUUAAGGAGUAAGAGGUAGAAGGCAAAGCUGGGAUGAGACCCCCCCCACCCCCAUCACCAACUCUGGAAAUCACAUGAUAAAGGCGCUGAACCACAAACUCAAAGACUUAAACACCAAUUUUGUAUAGGGUUAGAAAGCCAUUGGAGAGUGAGGUUUGGAGACAUCCGUCACAUGACUAGGCUGAAUGGGCAGGAUGACAGCAGUGGCUGGCAGUUAGGAUGGACCUAGGUGGGGAAAUUUUGCCUCAGCAAGCCCUAUCCUCAGGACUGUUGCGACAAUUCUGGGCUGAGGUAAAAGCAUUAGGAUAGCCAGCUGGCACAAUCAGUGCCUUAGAUAUUGAUUUAGUGGGCAAAGGCCACAUUCAUCAUGGGGCUGGUUCCCUAAAGGACCCACAUCUAUGAGCAGAGAACUCAUCAUUUCUCUAUUACAUAAACAGAUUUGCCUCUUGGCACUGAAGUUGAUGCCAAGGGUUUUCUGCUAAUCAAGCUAGAAUCACAGGUUGGAGGACAGGGUGGGCCCUCUGCCAGCUAGGCAAGGAGUUGGACCCAGAGGCACAGAACGCUGCAGUCAAACACACCCUGCUCUGGGAGUCUGGCAAAGCCAGGUGAGGCCUGGCAGUGUCUCUCAGCUGCAUCUGGAGGCUCCGUGGACAUCUCCUGAAAUCACACCUUUCAGAGGUCCGUGGCUAGGCCAUUCUUACUGUCUGCAGAGGCUGACUGGGGCAACAGUCAGCUGAGGCAAAGGCUUGGGAAGGGAACAGCUGACAAUAACAGUAGUUUGCGGUGGUGAUGGCUGGCGACUGGAUAAAGCUCCCACUGUGAAUCAGUGUACUCAGGGUUCUCAGUGGAUAAGCUGUUCUCCUCCUUAAACCACAACUAGCCGUCCAAGCCUGGAGGCCAUAGUGGAGUGGAUCUCUCCCCAUCUGUGCAUACCUAGAGGGGCACGGUCCCCUCUACCCAUACACUGGAGCAGCGCCUCUAAGAUGCAAGCCUCCAUUACCCCUGGUUAGUCACCAUUUACAUCCCAAGACAGGUGUCACUCAGCAUUCCACACCUCUCCCGCCUCCAGUGCCAGCCUGUGCCUCUACACUUGGGUGGGGGGUGGGGGACCCCAGAUUUAUAGCCGUGAAAUAUUCACUGCGUGGUUGGUUCACAAUAAGUACCACCACACUGCAAGUACCCCUCUGAGUAGAUGGUGGUGUUUUCCUGCGGUGGAGGCUAGCAAACCUUGGCCCUGGGCUGGGGGCGGGAUGGAGACAGCUCAGCAUUUUGCCAGAGUUCUCUCAGCCACCUGGAGUGUCUAAGAAGUCAUCAUCAGCAUGCUCUUCCCUGUUAUCUAUAUCAUAUCAUUAGUAGGAUCUUCCUCGCGGCCAAUAAAAGAGAGAAGGAGGGGAAGGGGGGAGAUGGCUACCCAGAGAGGACGGGAUUAUCUGUCUAUACCGAGGGCGUUCCUCACUGCACAACUUUAUGACCCCAGCCAAACUGGGUUCUGCCUGGCAGAGAAGGACCAGCGGCUGCGCGCAUCACCCACUAUAUAUACACCCACCGGUAUAGGGCGGAGGAGGCUUCCGUAGGGCGUUCCAAAGCACACUGUUUCUCCUAGCGAGCUUCUACCCUCCUCACCCUCCACCACACCCGGGGUGUAUCCAGUCUCUCGUCCCUCGGGCGGGUGAGCUGGGGUAGCAGAGAAGCCCAGCAGUGCUGGGCCUAGGAUCCUCCUGCUCUGGUGGCCCCAAGUCCCCCACCUGCGCGUGACUCCUCCUCCUGACUCUAUUCCGCAGCGUCCGCACCCUGGCGACACGCUGUUUUGGCCACCGCACCUGCGUCAGGGUGGAGUAGGGGACAAUCUGGAGGUAGAAGGGGGAAACAAGAAGGGUCUGGGGAGCACCGCGGUGCUGGGUGAGCAACCUCGCUCCGGGUGGCGGGUCCCCGCAGCCUAGAGCCUCCCACCCCGGUCUGCCGCACCGAUGCGCUGUCCGCGGUGCUGACGCCGACCGGCCGCUCGGUCGGGAGGGGGAGCAGACGCCCUGGUUCCCGCCGCGCCCGGAGCCUGUCCUUGGUUCCCAAGCCGUGUCUCUUCCCCGAGAGGACUCCGCCGGAGUCCUGGCGCUGCGGUUGGAUCCAGGAACAACAGAGUGAGCAAAGGGAACUUAAACUUCAGGCUGGAGCCCGAGAAUCGGAAGUCGGGUUUGGCUCCCGAUGGCCCCCAGCCCCAGAGACCUCAAAGCACCAAGUUGAGUAAAGUUUCCCAGUGGCUUGAGAAAGGAAGAGACUCCGGAGCCCAAGCGCAGGGAAGGAAGGACGCGGUUGUCUAGCGCGCUGGCAGCCAAGCACCGCAGUGGGACACCUGCUCCGAUGGGACGCGCUGGUGCCGCCAGAACGACCCGGAGGCGUCGCAGCAGCCCAACUCUCCACCCCUUCCUCCCUUCCUUACUCACCCCUCCCCAACACCCCGCCCCGUGCUCCGGUGACUCCGCCUUUCCGCGCUGGGUAGCUCUCCGGCGGUAGCAGGGAAGGGAAAGAACCGCUUCCCCGGAGGACUCGGCUCGGCUCUGAGGCUCCGAAGCCGACACCACCAGCUCAGUAUCAGCGGUGGAGCAGGACCGCCCGCCCAGCCUGCGCCUAGGCGCCACCGAGCCCCGGCAGCCUCAUGGGACGCCCCAGAGGACUCUCUCUGUGCCCUGCCACCGUAUUCCGAUCCUAGGCGUCCGGACCCCACGGCUCAACCGGUUUGCAACCCCACGGCCUGUCCGGAGAGGAGUAUGCGGCCCGGGGCCCGGUGGACUCCGGCCACCGGGCGGCGCUGGCCUAGCUUGGGAGCCCGGAGCCCGAGGGCAGCAAGUGACGAGCCGCGGGAGGCAGUAAGGCGUCGGGGAGCCGGGAGAAGCGCUCCAGCCCGGGUGCCCGCUGGGCCGCACGACCCACGGUGUGUGGCCUGAAACCCGGGCAGGAGACGGAGGCUCCCUGCCGUCCCGGUUCCGGGGAGGCUGCAGAGGGGCUCCGCGGCGGCCCCAGACCUCUGGCCACCAUCCUCACGCUCCUGCUCCUGCGGUGGGGAUGUCACGGCCCCGGCUCCGAGCGCCGCCCCAGCCCCGGGGCUGAGCUGCGGACCAUGUCCUCCCGCAGCCCCCGGCCCCCGCCCCGCCGCUGCCGCCGCCGCCUGCCGCGUCCCUCCUGCUGCUGCUGCUGCUGCCGCCGCUCGCACCUCAACGAGGACACCGGGCGCUUCGUGCUGCUGGCCGCGCUCAUCGGCCUCUACCUGGUGGCGGGAGCCACCGUCUUCUCCGCGCUCGAGAGCCCGGGCGAGGCGGAGGCGCGGGCGCGCUGGGGCGCCACGCUGCGCAACUUCAGCGCGGCGCACGGCGUGGCGGAGCCGGAGCUGCGCGCCUUCCUCCGGCACUACGAGGCCGCGCUGGCCGCCGGGGUCCGCGCCGACGCCCUGCGACCGCGCUGGGACUUCCCCGGAGCCUUCUACUUCGUGGGCACCGUGGUGUCGACCAUAGGUUUCGGCAUGACCACCCCAGCCACAGUGGGCGGGAAGGCCUUCCUCAUCGCCUACGGACUGUUCGGCUGCGCGGGGACCAUCCUGUUCUUCAACCUCUUUCUGGAGCGCAUCAUCUCGCUGCUGGCCUUCAUCAUGCGCGCCUGCCGAGAGCGCCAGCUGCGCCGCAGCGGCCUGCUGCCCGCCACCUUCCGUCGGGGCUCGGCGCUGUCCGAGGCCGACAGCCUGGCGGGCUGGAAGCCCUCGGUGUACCACGUGCUGCUCAUCCUGGGCCUGUUCGCCGUGCUGCUGGCAUGCUGCGCCUCGGCCAUGUACACCAGCGUGGAGGGCUGGGACUACGUGGACUCGCUCUACUUCUGCUUCGUCACCUUCAGCACCAUCGGCUUCGGGGACCUGGUGAGCAGCCAGCACGCCGCCUACCGGAACCAGGGGCUCUACCGCCUGGGCAACUUCCUCUUCAUCCUGCUCGGCGUGUGCUGCAUCUACUCGCUCUUCAACGUCAUCUCCAUCCUCAUCAAGCAGGUGCUCAACUGGAUGCUGCGCAAGCUGAGCUGCCGCUGCUGCACGCGCUGCUGCCCGGCGCCCGGCGCGCCCCUGUCACGGCGCAAUGCCAUCACCCCGGGCUCCCGGCUGCGCCGCCGCCUGGCCGCGCUGGGCGCCGACCCCGCGACCCGCGACAGCGACGCCGAGGGCCGCCGCCUGUCGGGCGAGCUCAUCUCCAUGCGCGACCUCACGGCGUCCAACAAGGUGUCGCUGGCGCUGCUGCAGAAGCAGCUGUCCGAGACGGCCAACGGCUACCCGCGCAGCGUGUGCGUCAACACGCGCCAGAACGGCUUCUCGGGCGGCGUGGGCGCGCUGGGCAUCAUGAACAACCGGCUGGCAGAGACCAGCGCCUCCAGGUAGAGCGGCUGCCCGCCCCCAGCGCCGCGGACCCGGCCCGGGCUGCGCGCCGCCGGGCGGGUUUGCUUCGAUCCUCUCCGAGACCGCGCUUUCUUAAUCUUUAUCCAAUAAAAACGAAACGAAACAAAACAAAACAAAACACAAAAAAACAAA